UCACAAAAUAGAUCGCCAACAUGACCAACUGGAAGAAGAGUAGAUCGUGGGCGAGAGAAGCGACUAUAGAUCGAUGGACGUCGCGGCGGCAGAGCACUCGCUCCUGCUGCAGCGGCUCGUCUUCGACGGGUGCAUCGGCACUUUCGACGGCGAGAUCUGCCGCCGCCCGUACCACCGCAACUGUGGCUGCGCGCUGCACCGCUCCUCCUCCGGCGGCACCUGCCGCCGUGGCGGAAGCCUCAAGGUCAUCAGCUUCCGAACGCGAGUCGCCUCAGCGGGUUCGAUCUCAGCCGACGGGGGGAAGGGGAAGGGGAAGUGGAAGGCGAUGGCUGCUGCGGAGCACGUGGCAAAGCAACGUGCGGCGUCGUCGUUAACGGAUCAAUGCGUUAAACCAAUAGAUCAAUGGUGAAUUUGGAAGUUCUGUCGCCGGUCCUUUUUUUUUAUGUAUAUCUAAUUUGUUUUAGUUUAUUUAUGAGCGUCAUUUUACCUUUUUCGGAUUUAA